GCGGGAGUCCAGUCGAGCCGAGCUCUCCCGAGUCUUAGUUAGGCUAGAGGAAAGGAACAUCUGUCCGUGUUUUGGUCAGGUGUGGCCGAAGGUAAGACCGGAGACGGCUGGCGGUGGUCAGUUUGUGGAGAAGAGAAGAUAACACAAGCGAAGUGACCGGUGACCAUUUCUAUACUUGGAUUGUAGCAAUGUUCUGAUGGAGAAGUGCCGAGUGGUUGUUUUGCAGUGUGACCCUGAAUUGUCUUUCUGUGUGCGGACUGGACUGGACUGUGCAUCUUGAGGGACUUCUUUUUUCGAGGGUUUAAGAAAAUGCCUGUAUGAACUUUGGAUUUAUGCUCUGUUUUACAUUGUAUGUACAAAAUGAACCAUUUCUAACUAUCAGGGCUUUAAACGGGCAUGAUAUCUACUACGGUUACUACUUCGGUAACUUUGUGAACUGAAAGCCAACUUCUUAAUUAAUAGUAUGUGAAUCUGGAAUGGCCUAGUUCUAGAAACAGUGUUAUGAUAAAGAGUGUGCUAUGUCCUGUUCAUCAACUUAAGGCAGUUUUGCAAUUGGAUACUGUGUCACCUUUGGCGUGUGUUUGGCAAUGUUUGUGAUCGGCGAAAACACUGGUGCGAGGUAGUUUGUCCGUCGCCCAACUAGAUUUAUGCUUUGGCGCUGUUGGUGAUAAAGCGACUUGGAGAAGCAUUAGAUAACACUACGUGUGUUUGAUUUACUGUCUUCUGGUGACAUUGAAAGAUAAAUUGUGGUUUAAAGGAGCUUAAAACUCACACAAAGGACUGAGCUCAAUUAACAGUUGUACGGUUACUCAGUAAGGUCCGAGUUAUGGUCGUCAACGAGAGAGUGUGGUCUGGUUUUGUCUCACUGUCUGCGACCUGAGCCUCCUCGAGAGGUUUUCUGGCGUCUACUCCUCCUUAUCGGCGACGCAGUUUUGAUGAACCCAGGCGCUUGAAUUUGAUUACCUCUACCCUUUCUGUGAUGAUGAGAGUGGGAAGACCGUGUUUUGAUUUAUGAGAUGUGGACCAAACGAGCGCGAGAGUCCAAUCAUGGUAUUCAGCAGUUCCUGUGUUGAUCGAUAGAGGCCCCUACUUUCCCCCCGAUACAGUCCCGUGAUACGGCCUCGUACGGACCGCCUGUUGGAGCGCCAGGAAUCUGAACGGUACGUUACGCUCUGACAGAUUUACGAGGCUCCCGGCGAAUUCGAUACUGUGUGAAGGAUGUGAUAGCCUCUCAACGAGGCCCCGGGAUAGCCAGUAUUAGGGGACAUUUGCCCUGACCCUUUCAGCUUUGUCCGCUUCUCCAAAGUGCCCUGACACCGCAUGGAAUACGUUGGAGAAGGUUUCUAUAGUGUAAGUGGCCAAUGUUCUUGUCAGAGUGUCCAGGAUUCAUUUACGCGACACUGUUUACACCGGCACGCCAAGACGUGCGGGGGACGUCGGCUUUUGUACACUUGGGAGAUUUUCACAUUUCUAAAGAAUUCUGUUGAGUGGACUUAGAGUAUGUGUGAGGCUUCUGUGAAAUGACUGCUUUGUGUUUUUGUAUCUGGUAAAACGGUAAACUUGACAACUGCAACAAGGCAUUUUCCCUAAAUUGUCUAUGUCAUUGUCAUAUCGCCACACAGAAUGACGUUGCGUCGAGUUUUUCUAUUGUAAAUAUUCAUGAAGCAGGUUUUCAUCGUAGUUAAAAAGAACCGGUACACUUACACACGGGGGAUGUGUGCUGUUACCCAAGCGUCUAUAAAAUAAAUGCCUUUGUGCGGCCAAUGUUAUACCGGCACGUGACAGAUGAUCUCUUUACUUCGUCGUCUCUCGCCUGCGAUUCACGGCUCAGUAAAUAGGUAAGCGCUCGCUGAUUCACGACUGCAGGAGCCGGUAUCGGGUGCAGCGCUGACUGACAUCGGAAAUGCCUCGCGUGACAGCGGCCAAGGGAAUUUCAGCAAACUGAAACCUGCCCGUCAGUCUGUCUGUGGAUGCCCUGCCCUUGCCGCCAUAGCUACACAGCCUUCUUGUUGUGGCUGUCUUUCUUGUGUGUCUGUGUUUGUGUGUAUGUAACUGCAAGGCCCCUCUAUUUGAACCUGUCUUCUGCUAGCUGUAACUACAUGCCAACCGUGACUGAUGAUGGGACGCUGUGACGCAGUUUGAAAGGUCCCCGGCUUAUUACACACACGCUCCACGGUUACAGUCUAGAGACCUGUGUUGCGUAUACCGUGUUUCUAGUCACAAGUGGCUGAAAGAGACAGAUGGUUUGAUUACAUCGUGUCCCGGGGCGUCCUCGGUGCUCUCGGCUUCCGAUGUUCCGUGUUAUCUCUUCUCGGCCAAUGGAUUCAGGUCUCUAGGAACAGUAAGAUGGUAUGUCCUGUCAUGUCAGAGUGUUUGCUGUGGAUUGUUUCCACUUGGUAAUGACUUUGGCGAACAAAGUGUCGGAUAUGGUCAUAAUAACGUCUGCAGCUGUAAGUCUGUUUACACUUUGUCAAUAAGUAUUGCAGUCUCGCUGAUUGUGCUUUUGUAGCUGUUUUUUGCUUGGCCUGGGAUUAUACGUCCGAAGACUGUUGUAAACAUGCUUUUUAUGAGCCAUCUUUCUUUUAUUGUGUUUGUCAAUGAAAACAUAAUUUUGAUUGUGUAUCUGUCAUAGUCACGAAGUCUUUGUUCGGACACAGAACGUCUUUCCCCCAUCUUAUUGGACGGUUGUUGAUUCUGAGACCCAGCCUCGAGAAAACUAACUCCACAUCAAAAUUGUGUUGAAACGGCUUAAGGAUUGAAACAAAACACAAACAAACAACUUGAACGAGAAAAAAAAAUCAGGCUUAAAUCACAGUGUGUUAUAUAUAAGACAAUCUCCAUGCUCGCUACGAGAAUAAACCACAUGGCACCUAUGGCAUCGUCACACAGUGUCAAACCCUACGCCGUGUUGGAAUUUGACAGUCUGAUUGCCACGGCUUUAUCGGGUCAUUACCUCCCUGACCGCCACACGUCAUCUCCUUCUAGUGAGUUUGUUCUGUCGGACAUAUCGAGCGGACACUCACAGCGUGAGAAAAGCCAUGUUCCGAACUGGACGCCAGAAGUGCCUACAUGGACAUCGGGAGACCCAAGUUGGGCGUCAGAAGGACCAGUUAAGACUUCUGAAGGACCUGGGUGGAUAUCGGAGAAGUCUAACUGGACGUCAAACGGGCUAAACGGAAGGUCAGGGGACUCUAAUUGGACGUCUUCAGAAAGGACAGACUGGUCGUCACCGUCCUGGGCGAACUCGGAAGGAAACCAUGCCAUAAUGUCUCCUCGGAGUGACGCGGUGCUACUCCCAGUCCCAAAUUCUGUCCUCCUCCAGGUAUCAGAGACACAUCAACCGAGAGGCAGGCUAAUGUCAGCGCCUAUUUCCUCCAAGUCGAAGGUGGCUAGGGCAGCAGAUUUAAAUUCUAGUCUAACAAAUCCCUGCCUGAGCCCCUUACACUUUGAGCCACCUCGAUCUGGUCAGGCGUCCGGUUUUCGCCUGCCGUCUUCAUCCCAUCACCAGACGCCCGUAUCCCACCACAUAGCGCGCUCCGCGUUUCUCCAGCAAGCGCCUACGUCCCACCACAAAUCCCCCACCACGUCCCACCGGCCUACACCAGCUAGCCCCAGUACGUCCAUGUCUGUGUCGUGGCCCCCUCCGUCUGAUGGCAGGUCGGACCACGCCGUCCACAGCCCGGGCCCGGCCUCAGGCAGCAGCGGCUCCUCCACCGUUCAGUCGGCCAGACAGUCAGACGCCCCGGUACUCAUGGCCGACGUGCAUCUGAAGCCUGGUCCAAACCUCAUCAAACCGAUUGCCUAUAAGCCGACCAAUGGGAGUCCAGCCCGGAGCCCCGUGGGACAGGUAGCCAGACGACCAACCAGUGGGGAGGAGUCAGGAGGCGGGGCCUGCCAAGAGAUGCCCCGCCCCAUUGCCAUGCGUCUGGGGACCAGCAUGCUGGGACUGCAGGCGAGCCCGGACCCUCAGCCUGGCAAGGGCGGGAGUGGCGGCGGUAACCGCGGAGCCUUCAACUCGGCUCGCCAGGGCAUCGGCGCGGGCGGUGCGAGCAGCUUUACUUCGUCCGAUGCCGGGCUCCCGAUGCCUCACCCGACGGCCCACCCAUCCCCGGCUGGCUCCGCCUCCUCCGCCUUAUACAACGGUGCCCACGCCCCCCACCACCCCGGCCUGCCCCACCUCAAUACGUCCACUCACUCGUACCACAACGCGUCAGCCUCUUCACAGCACAAUCUGUCUGCGAACUCUUCUCAUAUUUCUGCCAAUUCGUCUCACAUUUCUGCCAACUCGUCGCACGUUUCCGGAAACUCGUCCCACAUUUCUGCCAACUCGUCUCGUCUGUCGGGCGGCGAAGAAGCGACGAGCCUGAGCGGGGAAGUGCGGCCCGACUCAGUCCCUUCCCUGGGCACGAGCCGGCUGUGGCAACAGGGGGCAGAGAUCAUGUUACAGACGCCGUCCCCUAGCGACAGCGGGGUUGGGGAGCUGGAGGCAAUGCUGAGAGAGAAGGACGCGGAGAUCAACACACUGAGGGAGGUGAUGGACCGCAAUGAACGUGCAAUAUUCCAGGUGUACGAGGAGAGGAGGAACGCGUGGCUCCACGACUCGCAGGAGUUAAGAGACGAUUACGAGCGCAAGCUCAAAGUGCAGAGCCGCAAGUCGUACAAGACAGAGCAGGUGUUGAGCCUGCAGGUGUAUAAACUGCAGCAAGAGCAGAAGACGUUACAAGACGAGAAGUUGAAAGCUGCGGGUGAGAAAGACACAUUAAGGCAACAGUUGGAGGAGAGCAGGGAGGAGGUGGCAAAGCUUCGGGAGCAGCUCAAUCUGGGCUCCUCGUCCCCAAAAGACGGGAGCGUGUCGGAGACAGAGGCAAGCCAGGAGGAGGUGGUGGUGAAGAACAAGGAGAUCAUUCGGCUCAAGUCCGAGCUGCACGCGCUGGAGGCUGAGAUAGAGAACAAGAACAAAGAGCUUCUGGAGCGUGCGCGAGAGGCUUCCACGAGGAACGACCAGCUCAGCCAGAUGAAGGAAGAGUUGGGGCGUCUGAAGAACCCGGCCAUCCUAGUGGAGGCGUCCUCCCAAACACACACGCCCAGCGAGGUGAGCGUCUCAGAGAAUGUGAAGCCCUCAGCAUUAGGGGAGCGCGACCGCGCCAUCAGCAGCCUGCAGGAGGAGCUAGUCAACGUGAAGACUCAGCUGGAACUGUUGAAGGGCGACCAGGACAAGGAGCGGGAGCAGUGGCUGGAGGAGAAGAACAAAGUAGUGCGCUACCAGAAACAGCUGCAGCUCAACUACGUGCAGAUGCAGCGCAAGAACAGCACGCUGGAGACAGAAGUGCAACAGCUCACGCUAGAGCUGGAGAACAGAGACAUGAAGCUGAUAGCGCUCAGCGGAGAAGAGAGUGUGUGUUGAGGCAUGGGAGGGGGUUUGUGUGUGUGAUGAGACAUGAGAGUGAUGUAUGUGUUAAGACGCACGAGUGGCGUGUAUGUACGAAGUGUGAUGUAUGUGAAUAAAAAACAGAGUCAUAAAGCUAUUAACCCUUCAGUAGUUAUGAGAGUACAUGUACGUUGUUAUGAGAGGUUAGUUGUCAUGUUUAUGAUGUGUUUUUGGAGACUCAACCGUGAUCUCCUUACAGAGAAUAGAAACAAAGAACGAACAUCUAAUAUAUAAUGCUAUGGCCAUGUGAAAACAUUAGGUGCUAAAGACAUGGGUCAAAAUAGAUACGUGCAAAUUGUCAGUACCAGUUUGAGGGGCUGACUCAGUCACUCUCUGGGAGCGCUCAUAGUUUUUCCGUCCUUUGUCUCCGAAUUCAUUUCAGAGGUACGUGUACUGUACAUGUACGCAUAUUGCCACCUGCAUUCUACAAAGCAUUUGGAAUGUUAGAACAUUACAUAUAAAGCGUGUUACAUCUGUACUUAAUAGAUGGCAUAUUAUGAGACAGAAGUAUGGGUUGAGUAGUGUGUGCAGAGAUUGGAUAUGUAUAAGUAGCAUUCUUGUGGAAGGGAAGCGAAAUUACAUUGUUUUCGUGAUCAUACAAUGCUGUGAGAUUGGCAGAAUUCAAGAGUAGACUUGACACAACAUUUAGUCUAUGCACUAUCUUGUUGUUAUGAGAUACUGAUAUGUGUGAGGAAUCUACAUAUAGGCAGAGAGUGAGAAGUUCAUGGAAAUAGGAUUGUCAGUUGAAUUUUGUCGACCAUGUUAACAGAUUCCUCUUCUGAGUAAUGAAAGUGAACGCUUGAUAACUCUGAAAUUGAAGAAAUCCUGAGCAGCAUAUUCACUGCAUUGUUCUUAGCAGUGGGUUCAAAUAAUCAGAUCCCAUUUGGGAAAUUGAUAUAUGUUUCUUGUGCGAGUAGUUGAUACAUGAAUCUGAUCAGAAAAAGUUUGAUUCUGUUGUCAGAUCUCGAUGGGUAGUGGCCAAAUGUAUAACUUGCCUUGACAUUUGCAUUUUAAAAUGUUUCUGUCUGGCGAAGACCUUAUGAAUGGAAGGUUAUGAGACUAAGACUGAGACAGAAUUCUGUUUUGUGGCAAAUACCAGCAGUGAGUUGUGCCUAUACACUGUCUCUCUGCACCACAGAGAAGCAGAGAUUCCCUCCAUUUCAACCAUUCGCUUUCUUCUACUACACAAAUACUGUACAUUGUACGCAAAAUUUCUAUGGUGCUUACAAUUUGAAUGGUGUUUUUUUUUCUGUGUCAAGAAGAUGGCGAUUGUUCUUUGAUGUAUGUUAAGAUCUGUCCGUGGUUGCGUCACAGAGGUUGUGUUCUGUCUGCCUUUUGGUAUGUGUUGAUGUACAAAAGAACUGUUUAAAGUUAAUCGGGAUUUAUAGAUUACCCAGAUUGAAAUACAGUUUUGUAUAAUGAGAAAGCAAACAAAGCAAUAGAAUCAAUGGUGAUUGUUGGCAUGCAAUGUUACUAUUUCUCCUACUUGUGCACAGGUUAGAACUGCUUUUGCCUUAAUGUUUAGGACAGAGAAAAAUGUACAAGAAUGUGUACAUUUAGCGAGUUCGUUUUGUUUUAUCAAUAGUGAUGUCAAAAAUAUUUUUGAUGGGAUUAGUGCUGUUCGCUUUUAACGUAGUUUGUUUUGUUAUGACAGGGACUCACUCCACUGCCACAGUCAAUGUAACCACAAGUUUUAAUAGUUUUAUCACUGGUUGAUUUUUACCAGGGUGAUGAUUGUGUCUUAUUAGGCACAGUAGGAUUGUCUGUAUGGUGAUAGGUGUUGUACAAAGGUGUCAAUACCUUCUUUGAAGAGUUUAGUUUUAGUAAGAGUUUUACGGCACUUGCAACACAAUAAGGAGGAGAGAUCAGGAUGAUAGAUGUUUGAUAGGAAAGAAGGAGCAAAUCACACCAGAGCACCCGCCAACCACCCACUUCUGUGAAGAGCUAUUCAACAAAUUACCUGAAAAUACAGAAGAGGUCUAUAAGGAGUAAACUGUGCCCAGCUGUUACUGCCAGUUGCUCUUGAAUAGUUGGUGGUUAGAUAUAUGGCUUACAGGUAUUCAACUCAAUUUGGUAUUCUGAAUGCAUGCAUGGAUAGUUUCUUUUGUGAAUCUACACGGACAUUCAAUCACAUAGUACGAUGUGUAGAGAAAGUCAGUAUUGAAGCUGGGACGGUCAGUUUUUUAUGCUCGUCAGGUUACUUUUUAUUUUCCGGUUAGUGGUCUUACAAAGAAACUUUAAUGUUCGUUUUACUUUUACAUGCAUUGAAGUAGCUUUUUAGAUGGCUCUUCUUUUUUUCUACAACUUUGCUACUGAUUUACACAAUUCCUUUAUUCAGUUUCUAUCUAUCACUGUUUUUCUAUCGUUGCAAAAUUUCAGGAGUAAACAAUUCUUGUUGUUUUUCAUUACAAGAUGUGUUUUGUGGAGAAAAAAGAAAUGUGAUACUCUUAUUCUGACUUGUAUUCUCUGCCCUUGUCAAAAGAUCAAAGUAGGAUCCACAAAACUCUUUGACAGGUCUUUAAACCCACGUCUUGUACUGCAUUGAAACAAGUGUUAUGAAACAGCUAUUUGGUGCAGUAGAGAAAAAAAGGUUUAUUUUUUUCCCCUGAAAGUGUGACUUUUUUUUUUUUGGUGGGUAUUGUGUUUUUGUGCAUGGUGUUUGUCCUUACAUGAAGGCGUCAAGAGCUUGCCUGGGUUAUAUGUCAGUUGUACAGUGACUUGAGACAAAGGAUAUUUCUGUACAGAUUUACCUGCAGCAUUAGACUACUUUCUGAAGGGAAGAUUUUAUAAUACUGCUAUGUGCAUACUCAUUCUGUUCCUCUGGUAGAGACGCAGGAAACUAGAAUUGUGAAUGGCCAUAAUGUUGCUUAUUUACACACAGCUUCACUUCAUAUUGCCAUUUUCGUAUAAUAAAUGCCAGGGUCAUUCUUAAAUGUUCUGGACAAACUUAAAAGAAAGGUCGAAAGGUCCUUGCUCAAGAUAUUUCAGGUCUUGACAGAAUCUCUUUUCAGUGAAAUGUGUCGUUAACAAUUUAUGGCAAGCCAAAUCAGAGAAUAAACAUUGAAAAGUACUCAAUAUCUCUUUGUUUAUGGAUAACAAUGCAAAUUGUCAACGGAAUGACCCAGGCAUGUAUUGUAAGAAUGUGACUAUUUUAAUCCAGUCUCAGCAUGCCCAGUGCCAGUACUUAGACACCAAUAAACUAAACUCAUCACCAGGCAUUACUAACAGUCCAAGGCUGUACAUAUUGUAAUACUUGUUGCAUUGAGACUAUACCCAAGAAACGGGUUGAGAGAAACUGCGGCAGAGUGAAUGACGGUGUUCCGAAUUAAGUAUUUGAUUAAACAUACUUUUUUCUUCUUCUCUACCUCAUUAAAGUACAAGAGGAUAUGCUACUUACUGGGUUGGAAUUUGGUUAAUUUGAUUUACGUAUUAAAAAAAAGAAACGACUCACACCUGAGUUGUUGGGUUUUUUUUAUGUUUCAAGGUUUGGAACUACUUGACAUGUCUAGAUUGAACAUACAGAAACUCAUUUCUAUUUUUUUUUUUAAUGUAAAUUUCACACCUUUGCCCUUUGUUUUUAGCAUUUUCUUCCCAGUCAUAAAUCAUGAUAGUGUUUGUUACUAGGGCUUUGGUGUCAUCCAACAUAAAGUUUAAACUCUUAUCUGAGGAGAAAACAGGCCUACGCAGAUAUGCAUUUAAAAGGUUUACUCUGAUCAAACGAGAACGUCAUGAGGUAUCCCGACUGCUUUAGAUGCCUUCUAUGCGCUUUAGUUUUCUGUUUUGCAGGAGUUGAAUUCUAUCAGAUCACAUGUUCAAGAAGUUUUUGAACGACAUUUGUGAAUGGCCAUGUUGUCCAGAUUUUUGCUGCCAUGAGCUGUGUGACGCAACUGGAUGAGCGAGUGGCCCCUAGUGUCAGCUUUAUUGUUUUACUGAUUUUUAUAAUUGCUUUUUACACUUAGUUGUUUCUUUUUCCCCCCUCAGUUAUUUCCGUUACCAAAUGCAGUAACUUUGCAGUAUACAGCAAUUUGAUAUUUUAAAAUGUUUUCCUAGUCAUAUACAUGUACUGUAAAUAUGUUAUAACCCUUCUAAUUAAAUAAUAAUUACAUGAAAUUAAAAGUUUGAUUGUUU